GAGCAGAUAGUAACCUUAGAACAUGUGGUUGAGGAGAAUGUUUGAAGAAAUCUUUGAUGAAAAUGAUUCAAAGGAGGAGAUCCAGAAGAAAACUGGCUAUAUUGUAAUGAGAGCAGAGGGAGUAUAUGAUGUCCAUGCCCAUGCAUCUAUUUAUUGGCUGAGGACUUGAAUAUCAAAAUGCUAGAGGGCUGGUGAGAGCAUCAAAGUUGUCCUCAAGAGGGAUAAUCAAGAUGAAGAUGGAUCUGAUCAUCAAGAUUUGAAGGAAAGGCAUCAAAUUGGCAGUAGAACUCAUCUAAGAUCAUUAAGUGAAGAAAAUAAUGAUCUGGGUGGUGACCAAGGUGAAGUCUUUGAAGAUUUUUCUUAAGCAAGGAGUCUUUAUUUGGCCAAUGCUUUGUUGUCUUUUGGUUUUUGCGUGCAGGAGAGUGCUUGCGGCGGAGGGAGUGGUGAAUGCAGGGUACGAAGUGGUUGUCAAUGGCAGAGACUUCUAUAACUACACUGUGGCCAUGGAAGGUUUGCUUUCUUUGUCCUGUGAUUUAGGCUUCAGUCCCUCUCUCCCACUUGGUCACUUGCUUUUAGCAACAUCUUCCUCCCACAACAGACAAAACCCAACGGAAGUAGCCUCCCUUCUGUGAGAUGAAGGGACAUUAUCAGCAUCAUAGACUCAACUCACUUUCACCUCUUUAAUAUCAUCAUGGUUAGUUGUGCAUAUGACAGUGUCUCUGGACCAUAAAUUCUCCAAUAUUGG